AGGUGCGCGUUCCGGUCCCAGGGCGUGGCGUCUCUCAGGUGCGCUCAACGGCUCGGGUUUCAGUGAAACUGAUCCCGACCUGAGGAAGCGCGCGCAGAGUCUCUGAUUAGAGGCAAGUGAAAUAGGGGCUUUGUGGGUGUAUCGAGUGUGACACUGAGUUUCAAAUCAGUAGCGGCGGAUUCCCCGCCCGGCGUCGGAGCUGCUGGAAGGAUGCGAAGUCGAAGCAUGAUGUGGCUGCUGGGGGGCGCCAUCCUGCUGGCGGCCUCUGCCUCCUGCAGUCAGACCACCCGAGCAGUGCUGGAGAAUGAACCCAAGGUCUUGUACAUGCUAGGAUCCAAUAGAACCUCUAAAGGAAGAAGUCUUAUUGGGAAGCAUAAUAAGCCCCCUUCAGUCACUGGAAAAGGAGUUACAGUGGAACCAGACUUCUCUGUAGAUGAGUUUUCCAUGUCCCUCCUCACUGGAAAGCUCACCACUGUCUUUCUUCCAAUUGUCUUCACAACUGUAUUUGUUAUUGGUUUACCAAGUAAUGGCAUAGCCCUAUGGGUCUUUCUCUUCCGAACAAAGAAGAAGCACCCUGCUGUGAUUUACAUGGCUAAUCUGGCCGUGGCAGACCUCCUCUCUGUUAUUUGGUUUCCCCUGAAGAUUGCCUACCACAUACAUGGCAACAACUGGAUCUAUGGGGAAUCUCUUUGCAAGGUGCUCAUUGGCUUUUUCUAUGGCAAUAUGUACUGUUCCAUUCUCUUCAUGACCUGCCUCAGCGUGCAAAGGUAUUGGGUUAUCGUGAACCCCAUGGUACACACCAGGAAGAGUGCAAACAUUGCUAUUGGUGUCUCCCUGGGAAUAUGGCUGCUGAUAUUGCUGGUCACUAUCCCCUUGUAUGUCAUGAAGCAGACCAUCUACAUCCCAGCCCUUAACAUCACGACCUGUCAUGAUGUUUUGCCGGAGGAGGUGUUGGUGGGGGACAUGUUCAAUUACUUCCUCUCUCUAGCCAUUGGAGUCUUUAUGUUCCCAGCCUUCCUCACAGCCUCUGCCUAUGUGCUCAUGAUCAGAACGCUCCAAUCUUCUGCCAUGGAUGAACACUCGGAAAAGAAAAGGAAGAGGGCCAUCAAACUCAUUGUCACUGUCCUGGCCAUGUACUUGAUCUGCUUCACUCCCAGUAACCUUCUGCUCGUGGUGCAUUAUUUCCUGAUUAAAAGCCAAGGCCAGAGCCAUGUCUAUGCGCUGUACAUUGUAGCCCUCUGCCUGUCCACCCUCAACAGCUGCAUUGACCCUUUUGUCUAUUACUUUGUUUCACAAGAUUUCAGGGAUCAUGUGAAGAAUGCUCUCCUUUGUCGGAGUGUCCGAACUGUGAAGCGAAUGCAAGUAUCCCUCACCUCCAAGAAAUUCUCCAGGAAAUCCAGCUCUUAUUCUUCAAGUUCAACAAGUGUUAAAACUUCCUAUUGAGUUUUCCAGCUCUACAGAUGGAGUUUUACAGGAGCUGUGGAGCCUGCUUACUGAUGUGGGGAGGUGGCUGUUUAUUUCUUAAACAAGCAGGGCUUAGCACAGGCUAUUGUCUGUGUAGCUUCUCCCAGGAUUGCUGGAAGCUUCCUUGUUUGCAUGAGAAAAGCCUCCCACAUUAACAUAAAUGUGUGUCAGAAUUCUCCUACUCAAAUGUCCUAAAAACUGAACUGACAGAGCAAGAUGCAGAAGAUAGUGGAACGACAGGAACCCAGUUACCUGCAAAAACUGCACCUGGUGUGAAGGCUAGGUUUCUAUCUGAAACUAUUUCUUCUACAAACUGAAACUAUUUCUUCUGCAUUUGGGGUCCAUCUUAGCCUUGUUAGGGCUUGAGGGCCUUCAGAGAGCAUCAGUCUGAUUGACUUUGCAAACGAGGAAACUUAACAAGGUAAAGCUGGUUGGAGUCUGAUUUCCAACCAAUAGUGAGCAGUGAGCUUGGGUUGGGCGAUAGAAUUCAAAUGUUCAGGGAGCAGCAUUCUUGUGCACUUCAUUAAAAUCACUGGGGAUCUUGUUAAAAGUAUAAGUUCCUCAGUUUCCAUGACAAAAGCUCAGGUGAUGGGAACAGGGACAUUUUAUAAACAUUGUAAUAUUUUUGCACUUGAAUAUGAGAACUACUUAACUGAGCUUUGCUACCACUUGACAAGGUGCCAAAAUAGUUUCUAAGAAGAAAAGUCUGUAAGAAUGUUUUGUGCUGGGUGCUAUGGCUCACACCUGUAAUCCCAGCAGCUUGGGAAUCUGAAGUAAGAGGAUUGCAAGUUCAAAGCUAGCCUCAGCAACUUAGUGAGGCCCCAAGCAAUUUAGCGAGAUCUGUUUCAAAAUUUUAAAAAGGUUGGGGAUGUGGCUCAGUGGUUAAGCACCCCUGGGUUCAAUCCCUGGUAUAAAAAAUUAAAAAAAAAAAAAAAUGUUUGGUGCCUUUUUGUGUUUAGCUUAUAAUGAAAUUCCCUGGUUGACUUAUUGGGAUUUUCAGUUAUUUCUUUAUUGAUCCUUUGAGUUCUUGUGUGUAUUACUAUUCAAGAAAAAUACGAUGAGGAUCUUCAACAUGUAAAUACAAAUUUUGUACAACUUUUUACUAACUUUAGUCUGAGUAAGAGUGUUUUAUAACUAAAAAUAGCAUGUACCACUUAGUAUUUUAAAAAAUUGUUGGUUUAUUUAUUGUGAGUUUUGUUCACCUCUUACGAGCUAUGAAAUUGCAGAGUCUCCACAGGGUUUGAACCACAUCUGUUUGGAAAGUAGCAGGGAUGUACAAGAAUUUGCAGCAUAUUUAAGAAGACCAUUGGGGCUGGGGUUCUAGCUCAGCAAUAGAGCACUUGCCUAGUGCAUGUGAGGCCCUGGGUUUGAUCCUCAGCACCACAUAAAAAUAAGUAAAUAAAAUAAAGGCAUUGUGUCCAACUACACCUACUAAAUAAAUAAAUAAAAGAAGUACCUGACUCCAGAUUGACUUUAUAUACCUGUUGUAUUUGUGACUUUAAAAAUUGUUUUAUGAUUGUUUUGGUUGAUAAAUAACACGUGAUCCUUUUUCUACAACUUCUUUCUGAGUUAUGAUUUUGCUUUGUUUGAAGGAGGGAGGAGGAGAAAGAAGCAACAGCCUUACUCUUCCAAGAAGAAAUAAUGUGACUUUUUUUUGGGGGGGGGAGCUAUGCUAGAGAACAAACCUUCACAUGUUUAUACCAUAUUUUUUCAUAAAGAAUAUUGUACAUAUUC